CCGUCCUCUAGAGUCCGUUCACGUUCCUUUCCCUCAGAAACCCCUCUAAAUCCAUCACUGUUUAGGAAAAUGGCCCAAAAAGCAGCUGCCGUCGCCGUUGACUUCUCUCGCAUCUACACCUCGCUGGGACUCGGCAAAGAGACUAUUGCCUCGCUGCAGGCCUUCCGCAAGCGCCAUGCUGACGCACAACGAUUGUCCAACCACUACGCCAACCAGCCCACCACUGUCGACUUUGCCCACUACCGCAAUGUGUUGAAGAACAAGGCUGUUGUUGACGAGGCUGAGAAGAUCCUCAAGGAUUUCAAGCCUGUGACGUACGACGUGUCUGCCCACAUCAAGGCCAUUGAGACUUUCGAGGCCAAGGCUGUUGCCAAAGCCAAGGAGACCGAGCAGAAGAUUGACGUUGAGCUCAAGGAGCUCCAAGCCACGCUCGCCAACAUUGAGGAUGCCCGACCAUUCGACCAACUCACUACCGAGGAUGUUGCCAAGGCCCACCCUCGCAUCCUCGAGGCUGUCGAGACCAUGAUGAAGAAGGGCAAGUUCACAGUACCAGGCUACAAGGAGAAGUUCGGCGAUCUCAACGUUAUGUAAUGGACUGUAACACUCUAGAGACGGCACAAUCCUUUAGAUCCUGGAAUAUUCAGUUUAUACCUUCUUCUUUAUACUGGCUAUCGGCAUACGUCCCGAUGGACCUGCCUUGGCAGCCUGUUCUAGACUAUGAGCAUAGAGCCCAAGGACUGGUGCCCCGUGGGGACAUGAGGACCUGGGAAUCUAAGGAGAUGGAAUUUGA